AUGCAUAUAACCCCCCAAAAAAUACAUCACGUUCCCAGCGCCCCAGUUGAGGAACCAUGCUCUAACUGCUCUCAGCUUUGACAAACGGGUGGCAUGUGGCUCAGAAGGUAGAGCUGGUUGGCUGCUAACCGGGAGGUUGCUGGUUCGAUCCCCGGCACCUCCUAGCAGAGUGUGGAGUUGUCCCAGAGCAAGACACCUAACCCUCAGUGCUACCGACGAGCUGGCUGUCGCCAUGCGUAGUCGACACCACCGUCGCUGUGUGAAUGUGUGCAUGAAUGGGUGAAUGUUGGGAAAUGUUGUAAAGCGCUUUGAGUGGCCACUGGUUAGAAAAUCACUAUACAAAUGCAGUCCAUUUACGAUCCUCCACUUUAUAGAGGAUUCAAACGUGUGUUUCAUAUGGAGGCGGUUCUUCUCAUGUGACAUAUAUAAUCCAUAAAAGCACAUGAGAUCAAUCUGGUGUUUUGAAUAAAGGAGUUAUUUACAUGUAGAGUAGCUGUUCCAUUCUUCUCCUGCUGCCCGCGGUUGUGAGUUGACGACUCGAUGGCGGGGCCAAGCUCCCACCGGCCUACCGAUUGGUCGAAGCCACGCGAAGAUGCGCUCUCAUUGGUUGAUUUCAACUGGGGGGGGUUGUUACUUCCUGAUUACUCUUCCGGCUUACAUAGUACGGAAAAAAAGAGAAAAGACGAAUGGAAAAACAUUGAGACUUAAAAAAGCAACUUCGGCCCCGAUUUCUCCACCAAAAGAUCCUAACCGACUUAAGAGAUGAGCUCCCAGCAGUUCCCCAGACACGGCAUGCCGGGCUCCACCGGAGGCACCCAGAUCCCAGGUGGGGGAAACCUGGUCUCCGUGAACCAGCAAGGCCAACAAGCCGGCGGCGACCACGACAGCGGCCGCGACGGAGACCAUGCCCCCCAAGACCACCCCCCCGGCGGGGGAGGGGCGUCGCUGGCCUUCCGGGACGACAAGCAGGAGACGGUGGUGGUGCGACCCUACCCCCAGGUGCAGACGCACGGCCCGCCCCAAACUGCCCCCCAGCCCGUCCCCACCCAGCCGGGCACCCCGGUGACGGUGUCCGCCGCCCCCGUCCACCUGCCCCAGGGCCGCCCCCCCAGCCUGGGCGAGGGGCCGGUGAAGCUCAAGCCCCCCAUGCCCAGCCGCCUCAUCGCCCCGGCCCCCGCCUCCAACCAGACCCACCACGCCACGCCCUCGAAGGUGCCUAGCAACCUCACCGUCACCAUGGAGAGCAGCAUCACUCCCACCCCCUCCAUCCCCGUGGCAACCAUCAGCGGCCAACAGGGCCACUCCGGUAACCUCCACCAGCUGAUGUCGGCCAACAUCCAGAUCAUCCGCAGUGGCGCGCCGGUGCAGAUCGGGACCUCGGCCGUGCCCCCUCAGACCUUUGGCUCCCACCUCCCCCGCGGUGCGGCUGCAGCCGCGGCCAUGUCCGGCCCCAAGACGGUCCUGCGGCCCACGACCGGAACCAACUCCGGCCAGGGCAACGUGCCGCACAUCAUCCACCUCGAUACCAUCAGGACCCGCCCCCCCAUCACCACGACGACGGCCGUGCUGCCCACCGUGGUCGCCCCCAUCUCGGCCAGCAGGACCCAGUCCCCGGUCAUCAACCCCGCCGUGACCCAAGCGGCUGACAUGGUUCACGGACGGGCCGGCCUGACCAUCCACCCUCCCCCCGCCACCAUCAGCAUCCAGCGGCCGCAGGCGUCCCGCGACGCCACCACCCGCAUCACCCUGCCCUCGCACCCCGCCCUCGGAGGAUCCAAGCCCCAGCAGCCCCACGCCCUGACCCAGAAGUCCAUCUUCAGCACCAUGACCCCGAUGGCUGCUGCUACGGUGGCCCCCAUCGUGGCCACCAACGCCGUGCCAUCCACCACCACCAUGGCCCCACACUCCCAGAUGACCAGCAACACCAUCGUAACCAUGACGAUGGCGUCCCACUCCUCCCACGCCACGGCGGCCACCACCUCCGCCAUCCCAGUCGCCAAGGUGGUCCCCCAGCCCGUCGCCCACACGUCGCCCCGCGUGCAGCCGGACUACACCGGGGAGAGAACCAACCUCAUCCCCAUCCCGGGGCACAGAUCCUCCCCCAGCGCCGUCACCAUGGAGGCCCGCAGCGACAACAGGUCAUCGGUUCCGGUUCAGUUCCAGUACUUCCUGCCCGCCUACCCCUCUUCCCCGUACCACACCUACACCCCCAUCACCAGCUCCGUGCCCACCCUGCGCCAGUACCCAGUGACCCCGCAGGCCCCUAGCUCCGCCCUGCCGUCCCCCGCCGGUGUGGGCGUGGCCACCACGGUCCACCUCAACCCCAUGCAGCUGAUGGCGGUGGACCGCAUCGGCCUGCAGUCGCCCCAGAUCGGGCCCCAGGGCCUGCAGCCGGGGGCCCUCACGGCCCAGGGGCUCCAGCCCAGCCCCAUGGGGGUGCAGGGGCUGCACGCGGGGGCCUCCAUCACCACCGCCCAGGGCCUCCAGCAGGGGGCCCUCACCGCCCAGCAGAACCAGCAGCCGAUGGACGCCAAGCCCGGCAUGGUCCUGGCGGACGGCUUCGUGGCGAGCACCAUCUGCAGCACGUUCGGCGGCGCGCAGCCUGCGGCCACCAUGGUGCAGGCCCACACCCAGGCGGUGGGCGGGGCCCACACCCAGGGGGUGGGCGGGGCCCCCACGUUAGCCUCCUCCCCCCGGCCCAGCAUCCUGCGCAAGAAGCCCACCAAUGACGGGUGUGCCCGGAAGAACCUGAUGUUGGGCGAGCCCAACGCGGGCCGGUUGGAGGGCUCCGUGAGGGGCUCGGGGUCUCCCAGGCCGUCAGGGCUGAAGCCCAAGGCCGAGGUCCACGUUGCCAUGGCGCCGCCCGUCAUGGCGGCGGUGGAAGCCCUGCCCUCCCAGCAGGGGGCGGAGCUCCAGCAGCAGGCGGUGGCGUCGUCCCCCGCCCAGCACCUGUCCCAGGCCCCGCCCCCCUCCGGCCCCCCUCCCCCCCCCUCCUCCCAGCCCCUGGCGGUGCUCUCCGCCAUGAUGCCCGCCAACAUGGCCGUGUCGCCGCCGGUGCCGGCCUCCAUGGCCAACACGGUGGCCUCGCCCACGCAGCCGGCCGCCAGCAGCACGGCCGCCGGCGCCCUCUGCCCCGAGGUCAAGAUCAAGCAGGAGGCGGAGCCUAUGGACACCUCGCAUCCUGGUCCUAACGUGAGCGGGGCGUCGGGCAUGGGGGGCCACGGGUCCUCGUCGCUCUGCGGCCCCCCUCCCGGGGAACUGCUCCCGGGGGCGUCGCCGCGUAAGAAGCCCCGCAAGCAGCAGCACGUGAUCUCCACGGAGGAGAGCGAGGUGCUGGAGACCAACUCCACGGACGAGGAGCGCGGCCUGGGCCGGCCAAUCACAGGCCGCGCCGAGCGCCGUGAGUCCCCGCCCCGGGAGUACGUGGACGAGGAAGGAGUGCGAUACGUUCCGGUGAAGCCCCGCCCCCCUGUCACUCUGCUGCGUCACUAUAGAAACCCCUGGAAGGCCGCCUACCACCACUUCCAGCGCUACAGCGACAUCCGGGUCAAAGAGGAGAAGAAGGGCUCUCUGCAGGAGAUGGCCAACCAGAGGGGCGUGGCCUGCAGGGCGCAGGGCUGGAAGGUCCACCUGUGUGCCGCACAGCUCAGACAGCUGUCUAGUCUGGAGCACGACGUGUACAGCCGUCUGUCCGGCCUGCAGGAGGGACUGAUGCCCAAGAAGAGAGCCGCCGCCUCGGACGACGACAUGCACCGCAUCAACGAGCUCAUCCAGGGCAACAUGCAGCGCUGCAAGCUGGUGAUGGACCAGGUGACGGAGGCCCGGGAGACCAUGAUGAAGGUCCUGGAGCACAAGGACAAGGUCCUCAAGCUGCUCAACAAGAACGGCAGCGCCAAGAAGUCCUCCAAGCUCAAACGCAAGGAGCGCGCCUGAGGGGGCGGGGCCUGAGGGGUGUCGCCUGAGGGGGUGGGGCCUGAGGGGGCGGGGCCUGAGGGGUGUCGCCUGAGAGGCGGGGCCAGGGGUCGGGUGUCGCGCCUUGUGUUCUUCUUCCUGGAGCUGCUAAGAAUCUGGUGCUAAGUCGCGCUACGUACAAUCGCUGGACCCCCCCACCUGGGGCCGCGUUGCCUGCCUGAGAGAGAGAGGGAGGGACACCCCGCCCCCCCCCCCCCUCGCCAGGUGAACCCCCACCCCCCCACACCUGGAGCAAGGUCCUCAAUGAACUUUACAGACUGGACGGACGCUCUCUUUUUUUAUAUUUUCAAAAUCCUCCCCCUCCCCCUAACCCCUCUCCCCCUCCCCCCCCCCCCCCCCUCUCUCCCCCUAACCCCUCUCCCCCUCCCCUCUCCCCCUGCCCUCUCCCCCUGCCCCCUGUAAACUCACAGUAGUAGAGAAUGUCUCUUGUUUCAGUGGAACCCUGUAGGAAAGGAUAUAUUUAUGUAGUGAUUCUUUGUGUGUGUGUGCAUGAGAAGGUGUGUGUGUGUGUGUGUGUGUGUGUCAGGAAGAAUGUAUGUGCGUGUGUGAGAAAGAAUGCGUGUGCCUGAGGAGGUGUGUGUGUUUGAGUGUGUGCGUGUGUGUACAGACAACAUCCAGAGAAUGGAGAACAUAUAUCAACUCUAAAGCCAGGAAAGUGAUGUUUUAUGAAGUAUAUGAAAAUCAUCUAAUAGAAAUCUUCAAAACGCGGUGUGGAUUUGUGUCCGUGUGUGCGUCCGUAUACAGACUCGAGUCUCGACCAUGUGCUCUUCUCAUUCAUCCGUGCCUUCAUGUUCUCGUUCCAUCGGACGGACUGACAGACAGACGGGGAACGGCCUCCAGAGAUACUAACAUGGAUCGCCCUGAUCAGGUCCCCACCUCGCGCUGCGUGUAGAUCUCCUCCCUCAGCCCCCCCUUAGCCCUUCUGCUGUCCUCCAGAUCACAGAGAGAGCGAGGGAGAAGGCCGUCGUGUUGUUCAGAACCGGGCGCCUCGCUGCUCAGAGACCCGACGCCAAUCACGCCAAAACAUGCUCUUAUACAGGAAACAUUGCGUCCAUGGAGGUUCAGAUGAAGGGCAGGCUGUGAGUGAACUAGGAUGAGAGAAUACUUCCAGGUGUCCGUUAGAGAGAGGCGACGCGGUGAGGGGGCGACAGCAGUGUAGGUUCAGGUCCCCCCCCCUCCACAGGGCGUUCGUGGGUCUUUGCCGCGGGCUUGGAGGACGACUUGGUGUUCAUGUGUAACACUGUAAAUGUGUCCUUUUGGAUUUCUUCUUUUGCGUUUUUUUUUUUUUUUUUUCAUUGAAUUUAUUAUCUAUUUUGUUUUUGUACUAAAUGGAACAUUUCAUCCUGUGGGGUUGCCGAGCGUAACCGCGGUGACGAGGAUGGGGUCCGGUGUUACCAUGGUGACGUCCAACUGUUGUACAUUGUUACUUGUCCUGUGUACUUGUAGUAAAGCUACUUCAACAAUA